ACGCCCUUCCCGACGAGAGAGAGAUGAGUAGGUACGUCGAGGCUCGAAGCCACCCCGUCACGGAGAAUGCUUCGGGACUUCGCGCGACCUCGUCGGCGCCGCGUCGGGAGCUCGGCUGUCCGUCGUCUGGCGAUGCUCGACUUUUAAUCAGCUGCGAAGGAGAUGGGCACAGGAGACAGAUUACUCGAUAUAUUGUGUGAUGUAUGCGGUGACCGUAGUUCUGGGAAACACUACGGCAUCUACAGUUGCGACGGUUGUUCGGGGUUUUUCAAGCGAAGUAUACACAGUAAUCGGGAGUACAUCUGCAAGGCCCAAGGAGCCAAGAAAGGACGCUGUCCGAUUGACAAGACCCACAGAAAUCAAUGCCGUGCUUGUCGACUCGCUAAGUGUUUCGAAGCUAACAUGAACAAGGACGCAGUGCAACAUGAGCGCGGACCGAGGAAACCGAAGCCCCACUCGAUUAUCUCGGAGAAGCAACAUCAGCAACAGCCGUCGAUUGUCACACAAUUGUCCCCCCAUUCUGGGGCUCCGGUGCACAAUGAUCGAUUAAGACCAGCACUCGCUCCCCCGUAUGUUCUGUCACCACACAGAAGGUUAAGGUGCGACCAAAGAUUCACGCCUUACCCACGACCGAUGGCGCUGGUACAGAAACCGCCGGAGGAAUCACCAUCCCCCGUACCGCUGGUCCUACCGCACCCUCGCACGACCACGACCCUCUAUCAGACAGCCACGACCGUCUCCUUGGCGUCGCAGCCUUCCCUUCUGCAGAUACUAAUGUCCGCCGAGGAAUGUCAGGAACUGGUUUGGAACGCACGACUGCAACCCACGACGGAGUACCCGAUAGAGCAGAUGGAAACAGAAGCGAGUCACAGUCCGACGGGCACGAUACAGAGCCUCAGUCCGACCUGGGAGAUGCUGCAGGAAACAACGGCUCGGCUGUUAUUCAUGGCUGUUAGGUGGGUGCGAUGUCUACCACCCUUCCAGACGAUAUCGAAGGAUGACCAGCUGUUGCUGCUGGAACGAUCCUGGACGCAACUGUUCCUUCUGCAUUUGGCGCAGUGGUCCAUCUCUUGGGACAUAACCGCGCUCCUCGAGGACGAGCAAGUGCGCAGCAGGCUUCCCGCGGACGACAACCCGACGAAUCAGGAACUCGUUCUUAUUCAGGCGAUAAUAUGCCGAUUCAGGCAGUUGUCCCCCGACUUCGGCGAGUGCGGCUGUAUGAAGGCAGUGGCUUUGUUUACGCCAGAGACGGUGGGGUUGCACGCGGUUCAGCCUAUUGAAAUACUGCAGGAUCAGGCACAACGCAUCCUAGUGGAUUAUACGAGGUCGCGGUAUCCGCAGCAGCCAGGCAGAAUCGGGAGGCUGAUGAUACUGGUCGGAUACCUCAGGUGCGUCUCCUCCAAAACCGUGGAGCGUCUGUUCUUUCACGAAACCAUCGGGGAAAUACCGAUUUCGCGUCUGCUAGUCGAUAUGUACCAGAUGGAGAAAUAUAUCAAUUGAAACGAACAUUUGCGUUUCACCACGCGAAUAUCGCCAGAACUAGCGAACUCGCAGCUUCCCAAGACUUGUUUGUUGGUUCUUUUACGCGUAACCAGCGGCAAAAUGAAAAAAAAUAUGAAAGAUUUCCGAAAUCUCUACUAAGAGACCGUAAAUUUCCGUCGAUUCGUCCUCCCGAUUAUGUAUAACGUUAACGCUUAAAAUGAGAAAAGUCGUUCAGUUGUUUCAAUAAAUAUCUAACGUAAAGGUAUGAUUUCGACAUUACUGCUGAUGAAAAAUCAAUUAUUUCCCUGCCGAAAUUUUUAGAGAAAAUUGUCUGCAAAAUGUCAAAUUAUAUUUUCUGAUUUUAACAAUCAGAUACUUUUUGUUCCAUGUAAAUAUAUUGAUACUUAGAUUGUUGUGCAAUUUUAUUUAUAAUAGCAUUUGUAAUAAU